CUUUUUCGCCGUUCGUUGGGGAAGGAGGGUGAAGAGACCGGACUCGUCUUAAUUACCCACCUCACCUGUGCGCGAAAGUCUUGUAAAUUGACCCAAAUGAGUGGUGGAGACACAGCUGAGGGGCGUGAUGUUUCAGCUGACCGGUGACAAAGCCAAUGCCGCCUUCUAUGCAUUUCUUCUUUGAAUGUGAUGCGCAUCACGGCCACACCCACUCCUCUGGCUUCCCAUUUGUUCCUGUUAUAUCUCAGCAGCUGAGGAGAAUGACCUCCACCAGGCUGCCCUCUUUGACCCUGCCACUCUGCACCAGGACACUGCACCGCAUUCCAGGGCUCUGUGACUGUUUCAACAUCGACACCAAGCACCCCAAGAUCAUCCAAGGCUCCGUGGACGCCCAGUUUGGGUACACCGUGCAGCAGCACGUGGCCGGCGGGCAGAAGUGGUUGCUGGUUGGAGCUCCCUUUGAAACCAGUGGGCCAAUCCAGACCGGUGAUGUCUACAAAUGCCCAAUGAAUGGAAAGGCCAAUGGCAACUGUACAAGACUCAACCUAGGAAGGAUAUCCCUAACCAAUGUAUCAGAGCGCAAAAACAAGAUGAGGUUGGGAAUGACGCUAGCCUCCAAUCCUAAAGACAACAGCUUUGUGGCCUGUGGGCCUCUCUGGUCGUAUGAGUGUGGGAGCUCCUACUACAGCACUGGUAUCUGUUCCAAAAUCAACUCCAGCUUCAAGUUCUCUCGCAACAUCGCUCCAGCCUUCCAGAGGUGCGAAACCUACAUGGAUAUUGUAAUUGUUCUGGAUGGAUCCAACUCCAUCUACCCCUGGUUUGAGGUGCGGGAUUUCCUCAUCAACAUCUUGCAGAAGUUCUACAUUGGGCCAGGCCAGAUACAGGUGGGAAUAGUGCAGUAUGGUGAGACAGUGGUCCAUGAGUUCCACCUGAAUGAUUACCGCUCUGUGGAGGAGGUGGUGGAGGCGGCUCGGAACAUCAUGCAGCGCGGCGGGGAGGAGACCAGGACGGCGCUCGGCAUCAACGUGGCACGGUCACAGGCGUUCAAGAGAGGAAGCCGCCGCGGCGCCAAGAAGGUGAUGAUCGUGAUCACUGACGGGGAGUCGCACGACAGCCCUGACCUGAAGCAGGUCAUCCAGGACAGCGAGAACGAUGACAUCACCCGUUACGCUAUUGCAGUUCUGGGUUACUACAACCGACGAGGGAUCAAUCCUGAGGCUUUCCUGAACGAGAUCAAGUUCAUCGCCAGUGACCCUGAUGACAAGCACUUCUUCAAUGUGAAGGACGAGUCUGCCUUGAAGGACAUUGUUGAUGCAUUGGGAGAAAGGAUCUUCAGUCUGGAAGGAACCAAUAAGAAUGAGACAUCAUUUGGCCUCCAAAUGUCUCAGGCGGGUUUCUCCUCACACAUCGUGGAGGACGGGAUACUGGUUGGGGCAGUGGGGGCAUAUGAUUGGAAUGGGGCAGUGCUGAAGGAGACUCGUCAAGGGAAGGUCAUCCCACCCAAAUCUUCCUACAUGCAGGAGUUCCCAGAGGAGCUGAAAAAUCAUGGAGCAUACCUGGGUUACACUGUGACGUCUGUGGUGUCUGCGAAGAGCGGCCGGCUCUUUGUGGCUGGAGCCCCACGCUUCAACCACACCGGCAAAGUCAUCAUCUUCACCCUGAAGAACAACGGCAACCUGACCAUCCUGCUCUCACUUAAAGGACAACAGAUCGGCUCCUACUACGGCAGCGAGAUCGCCCCGCUGGACCUCAAUGGCGACGGAGUGACGGACAACCUCCUGGUGGCCGCGCCCAUGUUCUUCAGCGGCGGCUGGGAGAAGGGCAAGGUCUACAUCUACAGAAUCACCCCGCAGAGUCGAUUUGUCCUAGAGGGGGCGCUAGAGAUUUCAGACCGUGGACAGAACACGCGUUUUGGAUCAUCGCUGGCCCCUGUCCCUGACCUCAAUGGUGACACGUACAAUGAGUUGGUUGUGGGUGCACCUCUUGAGGAUGACCAUCGGGGGGCGAUCUACGUUUUCUAUGGCAAGAAGGACAGGAUACAGCGAAAGUACAAACAGAGGAUUGGUGCAGCAGCCCUCUCUCCGGGCCUGCAGUAUUUUGGUUGGAGUGUCCAUGGGCAGAUGGACCUGAAUGAGGAUGGCCUGGUGGACCUAGCAGUCGGCUCCCUGGGUUCAGCAGUGCUUCUCUGGUCUCGCAGUGUCAUCCACAUCCACAUCAACGUCAGAUUUGAGCCCAGAAAGAUCAACAUCUUCAACAAAGACUGCCGCAGGGGAGGGAGGGACGUCACCUGCAUGGCUGCGGUCGUGUGUUUCAACAUCACCGCCACGACCCCCAUCCCUGCCUCACAGGAAGUGGCCCUGAGGUACAGCUCCUCCAUCGAGGAGCGCCGCUACAUCCCACGCGCCGUGCUGGACGAGGGCGACAGACAGCAGCCCCGCAACCUGAGCCUGCUGCCCGGGGUGGAGCUCUGCGAGCACGUCUACUUCCACGUGCUGGACACCACCGACUACGGCCGGCCUAUCAUCUUCGCUGUGGAGGCGGGCAUGCGGGAUUUGGAGGAGGGUCCCGUGCUGGACGAUGGCUGGCCCACCACGGUCAGGUCCGAGCUACCUUUCUGGAAUGGCUGUGACGAGGAUGACCACUGCACACCUGACCUUGUCCUGCAAAGUCGUUCUGACCUCCUGGAUCGCAGCCAGUUCUGUGCGCAGGCGCUGCGCUCGGGCGGGCCCCUCUGCCGGCAGCCCCGGCCAGCGGACGAGUCGGAGCGAGUCCUGGAGGCCACCCGGAGGAGGAUGGUGGUGGAGGCGCGUCUGGAGAACCGCGGGGAGAACGCCUACAACGCCCGCCUGGACAUCUCCUACAGCCCAAACCUCCACUUCUCCAGCCUCAUAGUCAAGGACAACUCUGACAUCAAGAUCGAGUGCCGUGGCGAGGAGGGCCAGAGAACCGAGAGGUUCUGCAACGUCAGCGAGCCCUUCAUGAAGGCGCAGGUCCAGGUGUCUUUCCGCCUGGAGUUUGAGUUCAGUCGCUCGGUGUUCCUGGACCAUGUGAGGGUCAUCCUGGAAACUGGCAGUGAUGGAGAGGACAUGACAGCUUCUGACAACUCCAAUAAUAUCUUUCAUCAGCUGAAAUAUGAAACUGACCUCCUCUUCACAAGGGAUUCCAGCCCCUCCCGCUAUGAGAUCAAAGCAGACCGCUCCCUGGAAAAGCCUGCCAGCACAGACCUCCCUUUCAACUUCACCUUCCAGAUUCAUAACCUGGGCUUUUUCCCAGUGAGGGACCUACUGCUGAAUAUUGCAAUCCCACAAGUGACAAAAACCGGGAACAAGCUUUUGCAGAUAACAGAUUUCUACAUUGACCCGACAGAUGGGUCUCGCUGCGUCCCCCCCAAACACGCUCCGCAGUCCCGGGUGACCCCAGAGGAUCUGUCCCACCUCCCACAGCUGAACCCCUCCAACACAGGAACCAUCCCGAUCCAGUGCAGCAUCAACCUGCCAGCCUACAGGGACAUCGCUGUGAGGAUCACAGGAUCCCUCCAUCUCCAGACCCUGUACACUGUGAGUGAUCUGUACACUCAGGCCCUGUACACUGUGAAGUUCAAGACCCUGGAUCUGCUGACGACAGCAUCGAUAGAGCUGGACCCCUCCAGCCCCAUGUUUCUGACUGAGGAGAGGCCAGUGAGACAUAUAAUCCUGGAGAUUAGAAAGGAGGGAGAUCACAGGAUUUCCAUCUGGAUUAUUAUCGGGAGUACCCUGGGGGGGCUGCUCCUGCUGGCCCUGCUCAUCCUGGCUCUGUGGAAGCUGGGGUUCUUCCAGAGGCAGAAACGGAAGGAGGAAGCGGAGCAGGAGGCAAACGGGAAGGUGGCGGAGGAGCGGUAACGCAGACUGCAGCCCGAGACGCGAGCUGGCACAGCACUCAGGGACCGUCCCAACCAGAGCCCGCAGCAGGCUCGCAGACAGUUUGAGAAGUGUUCCACGCACUGGUGUACCUGCCCGUCAACAAUGACUCACAACCAAUCGCAACCAAACUCCGCCUUUGCACUGUGAUGCCCAGCUACUCGCCACCUCAGGACCAAUCAGAGUCCCCUGUCCCUUCACUGUCCCAGUGCUACAGUCCCCUUGCUAGUGCUGCUUAGAUGGUUCAGCGCGCACUCUGUCCUUUCCGGGUGUAUCCAGCAGCCAUCCUCAUCCAGAAUGCGAACUACUCAAUCAUUUGGUUAUUUUGAGAAACUUUGUAGAAGUAUCUGCACUUACCCCAAAAUGUACCAGAAAUCUGCCCAGAACAUUUUCUACCACGGUAUAAAUAGUUUUUUUUUCUUCAGAAACAAAGCGGAUGCACUGAUACCAGUAGGCAACUCCAUUUAGUGGCUGACCUUAUCAGAGAAGGACUGACAUCAGGCAACGGACUGGAUGCCUCGGGGUCCACUUAGAGUGACAGCCGUAGAGGUGACAACAGUGGCCACAAUUGCUUCAGCACACAGGAAACCACCAAAGGAGAACAUGCUGGAAGUAUUUCCAUUGUCACUUCCCAGGGGUACUGGCAUCUGGAUAUAGCUUAUACCGUCAUCUGCAAGCUCACUGUGUUUUAUCGAUUCUCCCAGAGACCAAAAGUUUUAAUGUUUUCUUUAUAUUUUAUAGAUCAAAUGCUUAAUAUUGAUGCACUUUUUUAUGUUUUAUAAAGACAAACUUGAAUGUUGUAAAUAGCCAGGUACCUUUUUAUAACAGAUAUCAUUGUGAUGUACUCCCACAAGGAUUGUGGCAUUACCCUGUAACUAUAGCAACAAUGCAGAACUAGUUUCUUUUCUGACACUUUCUGUCCUGACAUGCUUUGCAUCUCAACAAAUAGCCUUGGUGAAAGGAUAUGCACAUUGUACAGUUCUGUCAGCGAGCUCUGUUCAUUCUGCGUGUGCUGAAUGGGGGACUCACCCGGGCUUCCGCACGACUACAGCAACGAAGCUGGACGUAAUUUAACCGUGAAAAUGUGUCAUCGUCUUGCACAGUCAAAAAUCACUUAAAAGGAAUCCAGAUAUCUCACACUUCUAUUAUUUAUCGAUCAACAAGGAAUGUAAAUAUGUUAAUGAUUCUGAAUAAAAAUGUUCCAGGUCUCUGGUUACUGAG